AUGCAACCGUUUGUUCCUGUUGUAUGGGCGACUUCUCUUAUCACUUUAGCUAGAAAAGAAGGACUAAUCAAAAAUCCGCAUGCAUACGUUCUUUUGGUAGAUGAACUUAACACUUUCCGUCAAAAAAUAUUAUAUAUAAUGAUGAUGGAUGAUGUUUGUAUUCCGUUGGUUUAUACACAGGUUGUCACACUAUCUGUGUACUCUUAUUUUGUCGCGUCUCUUAUAAGUAGUCAAUUCAUCAUCAACAGUUCACCUUUUGCAGGCAUAGCACGUUCGCAUGAUCUUUUCUUCCCGUUUUUCACAUUUCUGGAACUUUUUGUUUAUGUGGGAUGGCUAAAAGUUGCUGAAACACUUGUGAAUCCGAUGGGAGAAGAUGAUGAGGAUAUUGAUAUUAAUGAGAUAAUCGACUUCAAUUGGAGAAUUUCGUGGUGUGUGGUAGAUGGAGUAAGAACUAGUGCACCCGCCAUUGUACGAGACGCCCAUUGGAGACAAUCCGUUGUAGAACUUCCCCAUACGGAACGGUCGAAACGUUUAAAUGUCGGAUCAAGGAAAGGGUCAAUUUAUGAUCUGAAUGUUCCUGUUGGUCCAGAACUACGCGAUCUUAUGGCAGCUUUAUCCACAGCACGACAGAUGCAGAUGUCAAGUACAAACUCACCAGCUCCUUCAAAGUCUACUUAUCCUAAUGAAAGUGACAGUCCAUAUGGUGUAUCAGAUGAUCAUAGACAUUCGUUUCCUCACACCACAACUACUAAUGUUUUUCGUGAACCCAUAAAAGAAGAGGAUGAAGAACUAGAAGAUGAACCGUCUGGAAAAGAUUUGAAAGAGAAUAAAGUAAACGAUGAAACUAACGAUUUAUCAGGUAGUCAUACGCAUGAUCACUGUUCAAGGCUCUAA